AAGUGCAAAGCUUGGUGGUGUUAUGGCUGCAGUGUUCCAGAACAUUUAGCUAAUAUUAAUAAAUGUUCGAAUUCGUUGGCAUUUGCGGCAUCGCGAGACAGUUUGAAAUGUGGCCGAAGUGUUUAAGUUAGUCGUUAACAGGUUGAAGCUUUUUCCGCGACGCUGAGAAUGUUGAAAAUGAAGCUACUGUCGAGAACGGGCAGGAGAGGAGGCGAGGAGGAGGAAGAAGCAGCCGAACACCGUCCGCUGGAUCAGCCCGGGGCUCAGUCCGAGCGCAUCCACUGGACCCAGGGCGACUUCCAUCCGGCCCAGCUGGACAAGGAAAACGUGUUUGAGUGGUUCGGCCUGCAUCUGGACCCCGCGAAACGGCUCGAGGUCAUGUGCGGGCUGCUUCAUAUGUGCCAGCCUCUGGAACUCCGCUUUAUUGGAUCGUGUCUGGAGGAUCUGGCUCGGAAAGAUUACCACAUUUUGCGAGACUUCGAGCUUCGAGCAAACAACCCGAACGAUCUGGGAGCUUUAACGGACGUGGCUGACUCAGUGAUCAGGUCCAAACUGCUGGUCUGCCUGUCACUGCUGGGCUCUGACAGCAGGGAGUGUGCUGGGAUCCUCUUCGGGAUCCUCAGUCACAUCGACCCGCUGCUGUUCUGCACGAACUCUGACCACUGCCCAGCACUCGGGGAGCCGCCGGGGCCGGACGGUACCGGGUCCUGCGGGCUGUCCGCUGGCGAUCCAGCGGCAGAAGCUCUGCAACAGCUGGCGCUGCUCUUCACCAUGGCCUCCUUACACCCAGCCUUCCACUUCCACCAGCAAGAGUCCAUCCGAGCUCAGCUGGACAAAAUGCAGCACCGUACGGAGGAGGAGAGACUGAACGGACCGAACACUGAGCCGAACCUGACAUGUCAGAGAGAAGAAUACCGGCCUUCGACGGUGCUGGCUUUAGGGGAAUGUACCCCAUCUCAUCACACUCGACGUUCAGGUCGACGAGCUGCACAAAGGGAAGCGGUGCAUAUAGAGAGAAUUGUACUCAGGGGCAUCUUUCAAAGCAGGAUAGAUAAAGAAUACAAUUUUGAGGUGCAGUGGUCGGACUCCUCAUCCAGCAGUGUGACCAAAACCCAUCUGGAACUGGAGAACUUUCUACUUAAGCUUCCUAAGGAACAGUGCACUGAGUCAUUUGCAAGGAGCAUCCUUAGACUCCUGAAUGAGGCGGAGCAUCAUGAAGCCAGGGACAUAGAGAGGAACCUCAGGGAAAGCUUCCUGUCUGCGCCUCCAGUUUUUAGACAGACCAGAAAAGUCUGCAGCUUCUUCAACUGUGACUCCAUUAACUUGACAAAGCCUACGUGUUGCAGAUCCAAAUGCCAGCUGGGAAAGGUCUAUCAUGACAACUGUUCCGAUUGUUCCAGUCAGGACGAAGAUUUAGAAUCUUAUGUUCACGGGCACAAGAAAAAACAUGGAAGCAAGGGUCCUUGUCAUGGUGCCAAAGGCUCCCCGGCUGAGGCUUGGAGGGGAAUCCGCAGUUCAGAGCUCAGUGGUCCAGCAGACAGAAGGAAAAAGAGCUGUAUGCUCAGGAGCAGCCAGGAUGCAGUGCAGCAGCAAGAUGGUGAGAAGAGAAGCCAUUCUGUCAAAACAAAGACCAGAGUCCUGCCCACAGACAGGGAUAUUGGGAAAGUUAAAGUUCUGGGAUCUGCCUGUGUGACCAAUGGCUGUGUGCUACCAGUCCACUUGUCUCAGGGAAAAGGCAGGAGAUCCAGACUAGAAAUGCUUGGUGACACAUCAUCAGAAGCCUACAGUUCUCCACCCAGCCCACAGCAUCUUGACAGCGACGACGACAACAACAAAGACACAGAUAGUCAUUCUGACAACUCCACCAAAGUCCCUGAUACCGUCUUCACUGAGCAGACAAAUGCUGUGAUGGGGAACUUGUCCUCUGUUCUUCCUCUGUCAUCCAGUACCCAUCACGUCCAAACAGAUGUCCUCUGCCCAGAGAGCACCACCAACUUUCCCCCCCUCUCCUUUGUAAAUUCUCUGCCCUAUGCUCUGAACAACGGAGGUGCUGAGAAUCCCAUGAACCCUCCUCACAGCCAGAGCUUCGGGCCUGAAGGAAAGUCCUUGCCUGCCACAAUCAUGAUGCAGAUGCCCCUAGUUCCUCUCGGUGUUCCGGGCCCUGGAAUUGUGGGAGCUACAGAGAAGAGGGAAAUUCUCCCCACCUUUGGGAUUCCCACUUUAGGUCUCCACCCCCCAAUGAGCCCAGCCAUGCAGCCUCUGGUCCAGAGGUUCAACACAGCUUUGUCUCAUAGUAGUGGUGGCACUGAUGGAACAUCAGGGAUUGUUUCUGGUUCUGCUGCUACACAGUCUCCACACGAAGCUCCUGUCAGAGCCCUGAGUGGCCUAUCUUCAGGUUCCACAUCUUACUCCUCGACACUUCAGUCCUGCCAAGACCCAGUCAUUGUCACUUCUUGCAUGACCCCCUCUUUGCCUGUCGCGGAGACUUCACAUGCCAAACAUCCUGGUUUAAACUUAGCAUUUGGUCUGCCUUCUUCAUAUACUGUGCCGUCUGUCUCGACAUCUGCCAUGCCAACCUUGGGUGGACCUGCAGCCACUGAGAUGCCAUCACCUGGACAUGUACAAACAAGUGCACCUCCAGAUGUGCCUCCCGAUACUCCUGGGUCUGUCCCCAGCUCCAGCCCAGCACCGGUUCACAGCCUGGGACACAGUGAAUAUACAUCUUACUACAACAGUGACACUUUAACAGGAAGCAGUGCUGUUACCCCUGGCAACCCACUUGUCCAGCAGCAGCAAGAUGCUCCUAAUCAGCAACAGCAACCAGUUGGCUGUGGGACUUGCGGCUGUCACAACAACUGCGGUGGUCGAGGCACCAUCAACACCAAUAGCGGUGUCAGUGGUGCCACAGGCUGCCAGGCUCCACUGUUCUUUCCUCAGCACCAGAUGGCAGCACGACAGGUAUUCAGUAUUUCACCAGCUCUCUUCCACCUCACAAGUCUGUCCAGUAAUAGCUACCUCACCCAGGGACAGUGUCCACACCAGGCUAACAGUGGUGCCGCCACCCUGUCUGCCUUUUUCCCAACCUCUCCUCCUCCUCCUGCCCACCCACCCCCCUACGGCCCAAUCCACAGACCACUCCACACGCAUUCCAACAGUCAUGCGGAUGUACCAUCACACAUGCUGGGCACCCAGGCAGCAGCAGCCGCUGCAGCUGCAAAUUACAACCUGCAGCAGCAGAUGGGGCCAGCUCCAGCAUUCUGCCAGCGCAUCUACCAGAAUAUGUACCCAAAUUCUUUGGGUCUGCAACCUGCUGCUGCAGUAGGGGGAGGAGGCAUUAACAAGAAGAAUGGAAAUGUGUCCUGUUAUAACUGCGGCAUGAGCGGCCACUAUGCACAAGACUGCAGCCAGCCCUCUAUUGACUCCACCCAGCAAGGUGGAUUCCAGUUGAAGUACACAGCAUCGCAUAUUUCUGAAGCACCUGACAACACUGACUGAAGAAGGAAAAGAUGACAGCAGAUUUUUCUGCUAAGGGCUCAAUGGACAAGUAUUCAUUUGUGCCUGAAAAUCUUGUUUCCAUGGAGAUGUUUCAGCAUUUCACGCGCACUAACAGUCUUUCAGUUAGUUUGUGAUAUUUUUGCACUGAUGUUUGGAAAUAAUUUAUUAAAUAUUAGGAAGAUCCAUUUUUGUUUUUUUGUUUGUUUGUGCAGUAAAGUCGAGUCGUCUCGAUGCAAACGUUAGACAGCGCUUUCUAAAAGUGCGUAUUUUUGGUUCUUCCUCAUUCCUACUCUUAACAUAAGAUUUUAUUGUGUGGAAAACUAUACAGGAGUUUUCCCUGUUAAAACAAGAAUACAAAAAGUUGAAAGAAUAAGAUUUGUUUUGGUGAUUCUGCAUUUUGCUGUAGAGUUUUUUUGAAUGUACACUUUUUAUUUCAGGCAAAGAGUUCGCGAGUGUGAGUUGUGAAAAACAGUUAUGUUGGAAGCCAAUAGGAAUGAGUGAAGUAGUAUUUUGUUCCAUUUUAAGAGCUUUACUUGUUUUAUAUGUCUGAUAGUGAACAUGAAACGUUCAUGCACUAAACAGACCUUAACACAUCCAAACUGAUGUGACACUGAAGCAGUUUCAUUUCACUACAAAAAAAUCAACAAGAGGUUUGCAGUUCAGUUAGUACUUAGUGUUGAAAUUUGUCAAGUUUUUUUUUUUUUGAGGGGUUAAAGACAAUAUGAUUUUUCUCAAACUUCAUAUACUGUAGAAAUACAAUAAAGAGGAAGUUUGUUUUCUGCUCUGAGACCUGGA